AUGGAUUCUACACAUCGACGUCCGCCAAACACCUCGACGGCUGUGAGGAUCUAUGCUCGAGUGGCUCUAUUUGCACGACAGAGCAAGAACAUCUUCGGCGCGAGGAUAAAAAAGGAGCAGUGCUCGACAGCCAGAAGCAGAAACAGGAUCACUCUGGCUCAAAGAUUCUUUGCGCUUCCCGUCGAAGUCCAGCUCCAAAUCAUCAAUCUCACAACGCUGCAGGAUAUUCUGAACCUGCGAAAGUCGAACAGCCAGUUCCGAUACCUCACUAUUGCACACGAGGGCUACCUAGUAAAUUCCUACUUGCGCUCAUGUGUGCCCUCCUUCGUCGUGCGGCUCUUCCCGCCCGCAAAGAAAACGCCCACGCUGCAGUAUGUGACGGAACUCGCGGUCAAGCAGAAGAUCGCCAGUGAUCUAGCCCAGAACCUGGCCGAGCAAGUGCUCAAGGAGAUGAUGGGGCGCCGUCACCGGCGCCAUAUGGACCAUGAACUUCACGAGCGCAUGAAGCGGCGCCUCCAACGGGGCAUGGCGCCGCUGGUUCUCGCGCUCUUCCAGUUCUUUGAAAACUACGUCGUGGCUCGACUGCAGCGCGUGGGAACGAACCCUUCGCACGACUACCAGCUCUCGAUCCUGGGCCUGCUGUCGCGGGAAAACAUGCACAUCCAAUCCGACAUCAUCGCGCAGUAUCCCGAGAACAUGUUGCUGCCCAUACACCAGAUGUACCACCUGCUGCUGCAUCUAUUCUUCCGCCGCUUCACGCCGCCGUCGCUACCGUUCGUCGGCACGCUUGGCCGCCGGAAAUCGCAGCGGCCCUCCAAUGACGCUUUCGCGAAGGUGCUGGUGUACGGCGGGAUAAAGGAGGUGCACAACCUGUACCGGAUGAAGGGCUAUGGCCGACGUCGCAGGGCCCUGGAUAAAUACGUCGAGACGUUUGACGAGGAGCAGGGGAAAUGGAAGGCGCGUAUCCGGCAAUUUGGAGCCAACGUAGCAUCCAUGUCCUCUUCCUCGCCGCCGCCGCCGCCGCCGCAACCCGCGACCAUCCAGGCUACAAUAGUAACCGCGCCAAGAGCACAACCAUCGUCGAGCACGGCCUCGAAUUCGACUCCCGAUGACGAAAUCAAAAGAUCCGUCACGGAGCUGGCCCAGGUACAUGUCGACGAGCUGUCGAAUCUGUGGACUCCCGCCGCCGAGGAGCGCCUGCUGUCGAAGAAAAUUGUCCAGGACCUUGACGAGGUGGUGUGCUGCGGCCGAUUCGUCAGUCUUCUUCUGACCACGCCCGAUGAUGACGAAGAAGAAGAAGAAGAAGAAGAAGAAGAAGAAGAGGAGGAGGAAGAGGAAGAGGAGUACGACUACGAGGAGGAGUCGGAUGACGAAGACUAUCAAGAAACUGUCCCUACCAUGGUCACGGCGGCGACACACGCGGAGACGGACUAUGAGCCCUCGUCGUGGGAAAUCGAGUUACCUGUUGAAAAUGAACAUGUCGGAAUCGACCAUUGA